AUCUAUUCAACAGCAAUUUCGACGCUCAGUGCAUAUAAAUGGGUGGUGUUGCACUACCCUCUUUCUCUUCCUCCAGAAGCCCGAAAUGGGUGACAAAUGCCAGACUCAGUCUCUUCAAGGGAUGAAUUCAUGGAGAUUUAUGGACCCAGAUAUUUCGGGUCCUGGCGUACGAAUCAGUUUCUAUCUGCAGACGCUUUUCCUAGGUUCGCUGUCCAGUUGACGAUGACUUGCAGUCGCAUGAGCUUCAACUGUGCCUCUUUUAGUGGUUCUGGUUAAUAGGUCAUGGCAAGACGCGCCAAUUGCUCUAUGGACCUGCAUUACAAUGAGUUUUGGGCUGACAAUUGCUGCGAUGGCCAACAUCAACUUCAUAACGCUGCUGGAGGUUCUUCAAGUGUGCAAUCUCGUGUGGUGAGAAAUGCACCCCCCGUGUCUACGAUAAUAUUAUCGACCUGACGAUGCCCCUGCCGUACCAGGUUAGCAAAUAUUGGCAUCUUCGUCUCUUUGGCUAGUUAUUCCCGUCAGAAAGCGGGUAGUCGGAAAGCCCGCUCCAGCCGUAAUAUCUUAGACUACCGAGUCAAGUUUGGCGCAAUGAUUCAGACCCUGUUUUCUAUGGCUAUGACAGUAUACAUGUGGUGUGUCUGGAACCUCCUGCGCUAUCAAUUAGCUCACCGUAACCCUAGGAGCCGUGUGGAAACCAUCGGGUGCCUAGCUGCCCAACCUGCGCAAGCGGAGAUUCAGUAUGUUUUCUUUUUGUGGGGAACAGAAGCUGUGGGCACCGGGAAGCGUGUAGGGUUGGCAUUCUCUUCCUUCUUUCUCGCGAUUUAUACGGGACUAAGCCUUCACGAGCUGUUCUCUUUCUACCGCAAUCGUCGUAGAAAAGUGCGUGAAGACUUUGGAACGAAAACACCUACAAUUAUCAAUCAAACCACCGUACCAGUUCUGACUGGCACACCUACUCCCCUCUCGCCCGCCGCUUCAGAUGACUCCCCUGCCACACCUAAUCUCGUUCUAUCCCAUCCCAUUUCGAUUAAUCCCAUAUCCCCAUUGAACCUCGGGAGUUGUAGUCAUUCUGCCAACUCUUCCCAAUCUCGACGGCCCAAACGACGUCGGUGGUCAUCUGGUAACCUCGACCCUAUGCUCGUGGGUAUCCUGAUCAUAGAAUUCCUUGUAUGGACAUACUUCGUUGUCUCCUGCGAACAAUUGAUUGCAAAAAACAAGGCGAAUGAUGGGGAAGCUGCUGGUUUUGGUCAGAUAGUAGCACUGGUGGUAGUAAUGCCUUCUUUACUGUCUAUGAUUGGUGCCAUUCGUGAGAAUGGGUUUAAACGGUUGUCUGUCAAGAAGACUUCGCCGAAGAGAUCUCGUCGUGAUAAUCACAGCCGUCGGCGACCAAAUGGGACGAGCAAUAUGGUGUAGCUCCUCUCAUGUCGGGUUCUUAGGACAUCGGUACUGUAUAGCUAGCG